AUGGCUUCAUCAGAAUAUAAUUAUGAUGAAGAGGGUGAAACCUGGCCAUUUUUCAUAUUGGCUUUGUUAACAUUUAUAUUAAUACCAGUUACAAUAAGUUAUUUCGCAAAAUUAAUAAGUACAACUGAUCCGACCAAAAUUAACUCCACUAUUACUGGAUCUAUUAAAGAAAAUGCAGAUAGCUUGGAAAUUGAUAAUUUAGAAACCUUGAAAGAAUUUAAAAGUAAACAAAAAUCAUCAAAAAUUUUCAAUACAUCAUUACUUUUUAUAAUUAUUGGUUGGAUAACUGUAAUAUAUGUUGGAAAAUAUUUAACAAAAGAAACAAAUAUGAGUGGAUUGUUUGAUCCUUACACAAUUUUGGAUGUUUCAUUUAGUGCUAGUGAAAGAGAAAUCAAAAGUCAUUAUAGAAAAUUAUCAUUAAAAUAUCAUCCUGAUAAGUUACCAAGAGACCUAACUGAAGAAGCUCGUCAAAAAAUGGAACAAGAAUACAUUAGGUUAACAAGUGCUUAUAAGGCAUUAACUGAUGAAGUCACUAGAGAAAAUUUUAUAAGAUAUGGACAUCCAGAUGGUGAACAACCAAUAACUCAUGGAAUUGCAUUACCUCAAUUUUUAGUUGAAGGAAAAUAUAGUUCAAUUGUUGUUUUAAUAUAUUUUAUUUUGAUUGGUAUUUUAUUACCUGUGAUUGUUGGAAAAUGGUGGAAUAAUGUUAAAAGUCACACCAAGAAAGGUUUACAUAUUAAUACUGCUGGCAAAUUUGUUAGAAAAUUUGCUGAUAAAGAUCCUGCUAAAAUUUUUACUCCGGAUGUUAUAUUAGAUUAUAUUUUAGAAAGUGAAGAAAUUAAUGAAAUUUUACCAAAUUUGACCACUAAAGAAAGAAAACAAUUAGUUCAAGAUCAUUUUGACAGGAAACAAAGUUCUCAAGAAAAACAAAAAAUUGAAUUAAUCGCCAAAAUUCCUUUUUUAAUUGAUGGAUUUAUAGAUAUUGCAACCGUAUUCAGAUUACAAGACGCUAUAUUCGCAGCAGAAGAUUUGAAAAAAGCAGUUAUUCAAGCAGUUUCACCAAACGGGAAAUAUCAAGAACUUUUACAAUUACCUUAUGUUGAUAAAGAAGUAGUAACAAAACAACCAAUUAAAAAAUUAGGUAAAUUAUUUUCAGUAUCAAAAGAAGAAGCUCAAAAGGCAUUAGGUAUUAAAGAUAAUGCAAAAUUUGAAACUGCAUUAUCAGUUGCAUCACAAAUUGCUUCAUUAAGAAUAAUUGAAGCAGAAUUCAAAGUACCAGGAGAAGAAGAAGUAAAUCCUCAUUCAAGUUGUCAUAUAUCACUCAAAUUUUUAGUAAAGUCACCAAAAUUAAAAUCAUGUCCAGAAAUUGAUGAAGAAAGAUUAAAAGAUGAAGAAACUUUGGAAUAUAUGAAAAAUCCUUUCGUUGUAAAUGAACAACAACCAAAAUUACCAUUUGCAUAUGCACCACGUUUUCCUUUACCAAUUCGUCAAAAUUGGUCUUGUUUCGUCAUACAACAAAAAGAAAAUAAAAUAUUGGAAGACACAAAACCUUCUAUAUUAGAAAAUAUAGAUUUAUCAAAUUUGAAUUUAACACAAGAAGAAUGGGAGUAUGGUUCAAAAUGUACUAUAGGUACUUUUAAAAUCCCAAUACCUGCACCAUCUGGAAAUGUUGGUACCUAUUACUAUAGAGUGGUAUUAAAAAGUAAUUCAUAUUAUGGAGUUGAUGUUGAUAUUCCAGUAGAUUUAGAUGUUGUACCAUUACCAAAAGAAAAAUCAUUAGCAGGAAUCAAGAAAUUAAUGGAAAAAAGACAAAAAGAAGAAAAUGAUGAACUGGAAUCUGAAGAAAGUGAUAGUGAUAGUGAUAUCUCAGAUCCUGAAGAAGAUAGUUUAGCUGGUGCAUUAGCUGCUUUAAGAGGUGAAAUUACUAAAACUAAAAAGAAAGGUAAAGAUGAUGAAGAUGAAGAUGAAGAAGAAGAUGAAGAUGUGUUUACAGAUAUAGAUACAGAAACAGAAGAUGAAAGUUGA